AUGGGAUUGAAGUACAUUUACAACAAGUCCGUCGCCACUUUCCUUCGCGCCCUUGUUCGACCCAGACUUCAUAUUCAUCCAAAACCAGAUGAGACCAUUUUCGUUCCCUCACGCGACUCCGACCGAACAAUCAGGACCAAUGUUUAUGGAAUAACCACUGAAGGAAGACCUAGCCCUGUCCUUCUAAAUUUUUGCGGCAGUGGUUUCGUCCUUCCUACCUACGGCAAUGACGACGAAUAUUGCCGUUUCGUCGCCGAUAAGACUGAUUACAUCGUAAUUGAUGUGCAGUAUCGACUUGCCCCUGAGAACCCAUUCCCCGCAGCAUUCAACGACGCUGAAGAUGUCGUGAGAUGGGUUCAGUCACAGCCACAACGCUUCGAUGCAUCUUGUAUCUCACUGUCAGGCUUCAGCGCCGGUGCUAAUAUCGCGCUUGCUGUCGCGACCUCGUCAAACCUCUUCGGUGGAAAGGAAGGGCAGACUCUCUUCAACACCCUGGUUUCUAUUUACGGUCCGACCGAUCUCGCUCUAACAACUCCUGAGAAGCCCCUGAUCGAUGACUCUAAUUGGAUCAUGAGGAUAAUUUUCCCCAAGUUUUCUCAUACGUGCCAUAAGCUGUUGAACCCACAGGAGGUCGAUCCCCAUGAUACUCGCCUUUCGCCUGGGUUUGCUGAUCCUCGCAGCUUCCCAGACAAUACUCUGUUUAUCACUGCAGACCAGUGUGCCUUUGCUGUUGAGGCAGAGAAUCUAUCUAAGAAGAUUUCUACUGCAGAUGGAAAGGUCUCUUUGUGUCGCAGGAUGGAAGGAUGUGCUCAUGGAUGGGACAAGGAGGCUAUACGGGGUACUUCUCAGUGCAAAGCAAAGGAAGAAGCAUAUGCAUUGGCAGUGGGAUCUUUACAGAGAGGGGGAAAUGAUCUGAUCAAAGCAAGAGAGGCACAGGCCUAA